AUGACAGAUCGGCCAUAUCCAGGCAAGCGCUUCUGCCAGGUUGUCGCGCUUAAAACAGAGGCGUUGGAAGAAUACAAAAAGGCUCGUGGGGCUUACACGGGUGCAUACUCGAUUCAUGCGGCGGUAUGGCCUGCCGUGCUCGAAACUCUCCGUCGAUCGCACAUUGUCGAUUAUUCCAUUCAUUUGCUUCCUUCUCCUCCAUUUGCGGUUGCAGGCUCUCCUGAUUUGGAUCUCGCCGGUUUGUUAAUCGCGACAUUUAAAUAUAUUGGUUCAGACUGGGAAAGCGACUCCAAGAUCGCAGCAGCCGAUCCCGAAACCGUCCGCUGGUGGGCAAUUACAGAUGGGAUGCAGCAUUCGUUCGUUGAGGGUGCAACGGGGUCCAAAGAUGGCCCGUGGUGGUAUCAAUGCGAGGAGGUGUUUAGGCAUGAAAAGUAA